AUGUCUACUUUCAAUCAGUGGUUCAAGAUUCCCGAUGAGAAGCUGGAGAUUAUUAAGAACAUAGUGGGUUUGCUUCACACGGCCUCGCUUCUCAUCGAUGAUAUUCAGGACUCAUCCAAACUUCGACGUGGUUUCCCAGUCGCACACAGUAUCUUUGGUGUUGCGCAGACCAUCAAUUCUGCGAAUUAUGCCUAUUUUCAGGCACAACACGAUCUUCUCAAGCUGGGCAAGCCGGAAUCGUUCCAGGCUUACACCGAAGAACUCCUCAGCCUCCACCACGGUCAAGGCAUGGAUUUGCACUGGAGAGACUCCCUUGUCUGUCCCACAGAAGGGCAAUACCUUGACAUGGUGUCGAACAAGACAGGUGGCCUUUUCCGCUUGGCGAUCAGGCUGAUCCAGCUCGAGAGCGAGAGUGAUCUAGACUGUGUGCCGUUGGUCGAUCUGCUGGGAGUCAUCUUCCAAAUUCGGGAUGACUACCAAAACCUCCAGAGUACCUUGUAUGCCGAGAACAAAGGAUUUGGAGAAGAUAUCACAGAGGGAAAAUUCUCCUAUCCGAUCAUUCACAGCAUCUCCAGCACCCCGAAUAAUCCACAGUUGCUGAAUAUCCUCAGACAAAAGACAGAGGACGACAACGUCAAGAAGUAUGCUAUCAGUAUCAUUGAGUCAACGGGCAGUUUGGCAUACUGCCGAGAGAAAAUUACGAAGUUAGUGGCAGAAGCUAGGGACCUUCUGCAAGCCAUGCCAAUCGAGGAGGAGAACAUGAAGGGUGUGCAACAGAUUCUAGGCUUUUUGGACUUGUCCAAAUCAUCUUGA